AUGCCCCCCGCCCUCCUCCAUAAAUUCCCCACCUCCUCCCCCUCAGACACCACCCCUCUCACCUCACUCCUGAAACUCGGCUACACCCGCUCCGACAUUCUCGGCAUCAUCGGCAAAACCGAAGGAAACGGGUGCGUGAAUGAUUUCUCUCGGACGCUGGCGGCUUUUGUUUGGGAGAAUUUACUUCUUCAGGACACAGAGACAAACACAAGUACAGGGACAAGUGGGACAAGUACAGGUGGUACUUCUGUGGUGAUUUUUUCGGGUGGGACAGAGGGGGUUUUGUCGCCGCAUGUGACUUUUGUUGUUCGGGAACGACAACAAGAUAGUAAGAAGGAGAAGGGGGAGGGGGAGGGAAAGGAAAAAAGGACGGGAUUAAAAGCUGCAGUGGGACGAACAUGGCAAUUACAACCGUGGGAAAUUGGAGGAAAAAGUCAAGUGGAUUGUGUGGCUGUGACGGUGAGAAAGAUGUUGGAAGAAGAGAAAAUCCGACCGGAGCAGGUGGCGUUGGUGUUGGUGAAAUGUCCGUUGUUGACGAGUGAGAAGAUUGCGAAGAUUCAUGCUUUUUCUUCUUCUUCUUCUUCUUCUUCUUCUUCUUCUUCUUUUUCCGGCAAUAAACAAGAGAUGCUCAUCACGAGUGAUACAUACGAAUCCAUGGCUCUCUCCCGACAUGCAAGUGCCAUUGGAGUAGGAGUCGGCUUGCGAGAACUCGCCCCCGAGCGCGUGGAAGAAGUGUUGAAUAAUGGAACAUUUCACUCUUCUCGAGCAUCAUGUUCGAGCGGAGCAGAAUUGGAAGCCUGUCAUAUUUUGAUUUUGGCAAAUGACGACAAUCCUUCUCCUCCCUCUUCUUCAUCCUCAUCCACCACUGAAAAAGAAGAAGAAAAAGAAAAAGAAGAAAAUCAACCACCAACCCUCUACCGCGCCUUCCCAGGAACAAUGUCCUCAGCAAUCGACAUCACCAAUCUCCAAACCCUCCUGCACACCGCUCUCACCCCACUCCCACCCUACACGAGCGCUUCUCUCGUUCAAAUUUUCGCCAAAGCCGAAGCCGAUCCUACGGGAAUGAUCAAUCAAAAAUAUCGUCACACCAUGUUGACGGACUCGGAUGUGCAGAGUACGAGACAUGCUCGGGCGGCGGUGGGAGGGCUGAUUGCGGGUGUGUCGGGGGAUUGUUGUGUCAUUGAUAUCCGUUUUCAGCCUGAGGCAGAACUUGACGGAACGCGGCCCGAGGCGCAAUCUCGCAUAUCACAAAUGUUUUCCCAAUGCCAAUUACCUACCCUGCCAGCACAAACACAGCAACCAAAAAAAAUGAAGCGCAAAGCCAAAGACAGCGGCGAAACUUCCAGAGAAAGCAAUGAAGACCACCGAAAAAAACGCGCGACCGAAACAGAAGAAGAUGAAAUACGCAAACGCUUCCGCCCAGGCCUCUUCGAUCCCGCCACCGUGCAAUCAUACGCCGAAAACUACGCCCACUCAACUCCCUAUCUCCACAGCGUCGUUUCCAAUCUAAUGAACGACGACCUGCUCCGCAGCGUACGGCGAGAAAUCCUCGAAAAUAUCCACUUCACGCCAAAAGAGACGGAUAUUUACAAAAUCCAGCAAUCGGGAGAUUUGGCGAAUUUAGACGGUUUGCCAGCUUCGGCGUUGGAGAAAUUACCGUCGUUACUGAAAUUGCGAGAUGCGUUGUAUGGAGAGGAAUUUCGAUCGUGGGUUUCGGCGGUUUCGGGAGCGGGUCCAUUAUCGGGGACGAAGACGGAUAUGGCUGUGAAUGUUUAUGUUCCGGGGUGUCAUCUUUUGUGUCAUGACGAUGUGAUUGGCACGAGACGAGUGAGCUAUAUUCUGUAUUUGACGAAUCCGGAUCUUCCCUGGAAGGCGGAGUGGGGAGGUGCUUUGCGCUUGUAUCCUACUGAUGAGGUGCAGGGGGAAGAGGGUGAUGGCAAGACUUAUAAGUUGCCGAGGGCGGAGUGGACGAAGGUGAUUCCUCCGGCGUGGAAUCAACUUUCUUUUUUUACUGUGCAGCCUGGUGAGAGCUUUCAUGAUGUUGAGGAAGUGUACCACCGUGCAGUGGGAGAGGAGGAGGAGGAUGAUGGCGGUCGCGUCCGAAUGGCAAUUAGUGGGUGGUUUCACAUUCCUCAGGAAGGAGAAGAUGGAUUUGAGCCUGGUUUGGAACAGAAACUGGCCGAACGAAGCUCUCUGCAGCAAUUGCAAGGAAAAGCCGAUCAGUUUGAUGAACCACAACAAGAGUGGCAAAUCCCCACAGGAGAGACUGCAUUGGCAACGAAAGAUGAUGAUGAGCCCGAACUCACCGAAGAGGAUCUGGCCUUUUUGAUCAAAUACAUGACGCCAAACUACCUCACACCAGACACGGUCGAAGAACUAACCGAGCUCUUCACCGAAGAAUGUCUCCUCCAACUCACCAAUUUCCUCAGCGAAAAAUUCUCCGCAAAACUCAAAACAUCUUUAGAAAAUGGCGAUGCCGAGAAACUGCCAUGGGCCACCUCCAGACCCCCGCAUAAACACCGCUAUCAAUAUCUUCAUGCACAUCCCCAUACCGACGAGUCCGCAUCACCUCUGAGACAAGUCCUCGAUGAACUACUCCCCAGCUCGGCAUUUCAGAAAUGGCUCGCACUCGUGACAGGAUCGAAACUCAAGCGGUGUUCCGUCAUGGCAAGGCGGUUUCGGCAAGGUUUGGAUUAUCAGCUCGCGCAAGGCUAUGCAGGGGAACAGCCACAGUUGGAGUAUACGUUGUGCGUGACACCUAGUAUUGGUUGGGGUGGAGAGGAGGAGGAGGAGACAGAAGAACAGAAUGGUAACAGCAAGAAGAAGAAUAAGAAGAAGAAAGGAAAAAAGACUGAAGUCGAGGAAGAAGUAGAAGAAAAAGAAAAAGAUAACCCGGGAGGCUACGAACUCUACAUGGCCGGCGAAGACUCCGACUCCGACUCCGACUCCGAUUCCGACGAAGACGCCAACGACAACGACAAAAUCCCCCUUCCCCCGAACAAUAAUACCCAAGAACAAUCCACAACAGGCGCCGGCCCCCGCCGCUCCUCCACCAAAAAGAAGCAAAAAUCCGACCCAGCAAUCUACAACUCGGCCAACUCCGAAGAAGACGACGGAAUUCUCUUCAGUAAUCCCGCAGGCUGGAAUACUCUCAGUCUCGUCUUGCGCGAUCGAGGAACACUGAAAUUUGUGAAAUUCGUUUCGAGGAAUGCGCCUGGCGAGAGGUUGGAUUUUGUGGGGGGUGUGGAGGUUGAUGAUGAUGAGGGAGAUGAGGAUGAUGAUGAGUAA